UGUGUCUCCAUCCUGGCUGAGUCCUGGAGCCUCAGUGACUCUGAGCUGUGAGGUUAAACCUUCGUCUGCAGGAUGGAGGUUCUUCUGGUAUAAAGCCGUCCCUGAACCAUCCAGCAGCUCCUACAGCUUUGAUCUGAUGCCUGGCAGCACCAGCGGGACUGAAGAGAGCUCCUUCCUCAUUAAUGGACAGAAUCACACAGCAGGCUAUGUGUGCAGAGCAGGAAGAGGAGAAACAGUGUUUUACACUGAUUACAGUCAACCAAAGUUUGUCUGGUCUGCAGAUCCUCAUCCAGCAGCAUCUCUCUCUGUUAGUCCUGACAGAGUCCAACACUUCAGCUCUGACUCUGUGUCUCUGAGCUGUGAGGGAAACUCUGAGUGGAGAGUGAGGAGGUUUACAAAAAAAGAUGGACUGUCAGACUGCUCCUACUGGGGGAACCUGCAUAGAUCUACAUGUACCCUCAAACUAUACUGGUAUGACAGUGGAGUGUACUGGUGUGAGUCUGGAUCAGGAGAGUUCAGCAAUGCAGUCAACAUCACUGUACAGAAUAAUUAUGGUCCUAUCCUGGUGAGCCCCGUCCAUCCUGUGACUGAGGGAGAUCCUGUUACUCUGAGUUGCAGAGAUAAACAACAAAAGCUGCUCUCCAAGGUGUUUUUCUAUCACAAUGACAAACUGGUCCACAAUGACAGCAGAGAGGAGCUGAAGAUCUCUGCAGUGUCAAAGUCACACGAAGGUUUCUACAAGUGUAAACAUUCAGGAAAGGAGUCACCAAAGAGCUGGAUGGCUGUUAGAGGUGAGGAUAAAAACAUUUGA